UUCAAGCAAAGUAUACACCAGUCUAGGUGGCGGUAAUGCAACAUUUAUUGGAUGCCAACCUCCAUUAAAACGAGUAGAAGAAGCAGCAGUAUUUAGUUGCUAGUUGGAAGCAAGGACAGAGGAGAGCAUUUGUUUUAGUUACAUUUUUGUACUUUUAAUCCUUGUUUUAGCCUAAUUUUAACCGAUUGUAUUUAUUUCAUUUUUGUUUGGAACUGGUUCUGUCUUUGAUGUCUAAUUGCAAAGAUUAGUAUGGGGAAAAUCGUAAAUUAAGAAAUGCCUCUAAAAAUACUUCGAGCAAAUAAGGCCAUUUCUAAAUUCGAUAAUAAUAUGGAAAUAGACCCUAAUACUACAGUCGCAAUUCCUGUUAAAUCAUUGAAAUAUUUGCACUACACGUGUAGGCCAUACCUACAAAACCUUAGAUUAUGCAAAGACGCUGUAACUUUGUUUCCAAUUGAAUAACUUUAAUUCAUGCAUCAUUCUAUUUUAUAUCGGCGGAGGAAAGUACUCAUUUAUCCGUCAACUGACUGGCCGAAAGGCCUCCCCUUUAAUAGUCUCUUCGCCCUAGCGGUGAACAUUGGGCUCGAUCUCCUUGGAGACUAUGUAGUGGAGAGUGAACGAAAUAGGACUUCAGAACGGGAUCAUGGCGGCGCCGUUUGGGCGCGACACCUUACCUGAGCAGUGGUCUUUCGGUGUCUGCGGAGAUGGCAGGGUGUUUUUUGUUCACGAUGAAACGAGCACCACUACUUGGCUCCAUCCGCGAACGGGCGAACCUGUCAAUUCCGGACAUAUGAUACGGUCAGAUUUACCUCGAGGAUGGGAARAGGGUUUCACGGACGAUGGGGCCGGCUACUUCAUAAACCAUAACCAGAGGACCACGUCGUUCCGGCACCCCGUGACGGGACAGGUGUCUCGAGAGAACGUGGAUUUUAUCCUCCAAGAACAGCCAGGUGGCCGUAUGUCCAACCCCCAGCAGGCCGACUUGCGGCUUUCCAGCACCAUCAGCGAGGCUUCCACUGUGGACACCGCUUCGGGGUCAAAGGGCUCCAGGUCCAGUGGGAGGGUGCUACAUUUUGGGAAGCGAGAGCAGUCCAUCAAGAGGAACCCCAACGUCCCAGUGGUGGUGAGAGGAUGGCUCUACAAACAGGACAGCUCUGGGAUGAGGCUUUGGAAGAGGAAGUGGUUUGUGUUGGCUGACUACUGCCUGUUCUACUACAAAGACAGCAGGGAGGAGUCAGUCCUGGGUAGUAUUCCUCUGCCCAGCUAUGUCAUCUCAGCCGUGGAGCCUGAAGACCACAUCAUCCGCAAGUACGCCUUCAAGGCCAGCCACACGGGCAUGCGCUCAUACAUUUACAACCGGAGCUCUGUGAUUGGCUCGCAGGCGGAGCACAGUGGCAUGCGGACCUACUUCUUCAGYGCCGACACACAAGAAGACAUGAACGGCUGGGUGAAGGCCAUGAACCAGGCGGCGCUGAUGCAGAACCACACCGCCAGCCUCAAGAGACCUUCGGAAACAUCGGAGAUAUCGGAAAUGCCCAGCGUGUCGGAGCGCCAGGCAGUACCCCAAACCAACCACGUCAACAACUACACCGAGACCGCCCCCCAUCUCCAUAGCGAUGGGGUGGUCCUCCAACCGGCUGACAUCCACAGAGAAACCGAGCAGCACUGUAGCUUCUGGAACGACACUCCCAACCCCAUUGCUUCACAAAUUGUCCUUGGUGGUGGGAACGUGGAAAUUGAAAUGGACGCCGUCCCUCCUAGCAGUCUCUCUCCCCUUCCGCCAUACUCAGCCUCCUCAACUACAUCUGCGCCCCCCUCCAGUGCUCAAAUGCGCGCCCCGUCGUACACCGCCUCAACCCUACCCCCCGGGGCCUGUCUGAGGAACGGGACACCCACCCUGGAGCCCAACGGGAUGGGGACGGGGACGUACCAGAGGGCCACCCUGCCCCCCCGGGUGGUGGAUACUCACAGGCAGGUGCAGAGGAGGAGUGCCCUGGAGCAGGUGGAACACUGGGUCAAGGUGCAGAGGGUCGAGCACCAAGGUCCUUCCUCUAGAGGGAGCACCCUGCCCCGCCACACCCCUCCGACCCAGCCCACGUUCAUCGGCCYGGAGGCCUACCAGACACUACCAAAGACCCCAAACCACAGCCCCCCCACGGCUGCACGCCACGGGGAGUACAAAUACGCCCAGGACCGCCUUAGCCACUUCCGCCUCGGACCYCCGAACUCCCAGGGUACCGGUGCCAGGGACGGGAGUGGCAUCGGUGGGCCUGGCACCGUGUGGCAGCUGUAUGAGUGGCAGCAGCGCCACCAGUACCGCCAUGGCAGCCCCACCGCCCCCCUCUACACACCUGCCCCGGACUACCCCUUUGGGCACCGGCCACCCUCCACGGUCCCCCCCUCAGCCCCACGGCCCAGCUCCGAGGUGCCCCGCUGUGUGUCGGUGCCCCCUGAUCCCUCUGACAUCCCCCCACUGGGACCCCUACGGGGCUCCAGGGCCCUGUCCCCACCGCGGAGGCCCCAUACGCCUGCUGACCGGGUGGUGGUAAUGCCCCUGGGAGAGAGGCCCGCGCUGGAUGUGCAUGUGGCUGGGUCCCCCCGGAGAGCCAAGUCUCAGCUGCUCAACGCUGCCACCAUCGACAGACGGUCCAUCCCUACCUCCGGCUACAUCACACACACGGUCAGCGCGCCCAGCCUUCACGGGAAGACGCCGGAGGAACUCACCCUCCUGCUCAUUCAGCUCCGGAGGCAUCAGGCAAAGAUGGCCUCCGCGCGCCACCACACGGUAACCCAGAUGCAGCACUUCAACUACAGCCCCUCUGGCCCCCACCUCCGCACCACCAACAACAACCCCCUCUUCUCCUCCGGCCCUUCUUCUCUGGGGUCAUUACUAGGCCCCCCAGGCCCCAUGGGUCGCGGCAGCAGCAGCCAGGUGGGGGCCCCCAGUACASCUGGCCUUCUUUACCCCACUGAUGUUGACGAUACUUACAUGCAACUGAAGAAGGACCUGGAGUAUCUAGACUUGAAGGUGGUUGGAAGUCAGUCGUUGAAAGAAGCGACAAAACCUGUCAAAAUAGCUGAGAGUGACGUUGAUGUGAAACUCAGUGGGUUAUGUGAGCAGGACAAGAACCUGAAGGAACUGGAGGUCCGGAUCAGCUCUCUGAAGGACGAUAAGGACAAGCUGGAGUCGGUUCUGGACCUGUCCCGCCAACAGAUGGAGCAGUACAGAGACCGGCCGGCCCACCUGGAGAAGAUAGCCUACCAGCAGAGACUCCUACAGGAGGACGUGGUGCACAUCAGGGCCCAGAUCUCCAGAGUUUCCACGGAGAUGUCCCGGGCCUGGGAGGAGUACAGCAGGCUAGAGAGCUCAGUGGAACAGCUGAGGACCGCRCUACAGACCACCAUGAACUACAGCACCACCUCUCAGCGGGAGAAAUCGGAGAUAAAGCGGGAGCUGUGGAGAAUGGAGGACGUGAUGGCAGGGCUGAGCGCCAACAAAGCCAACUACAGGAUCACCAUCAACUCAGUGCAGAACCCAGAGAGGAAGCUAGUGCCUUCGGUGUUGGACCCUGCAUUGCCUUCCCAGUGCCCUACACCCCCACUAGGGGAGGUUAGGCCCCCUCCUCUCAGCUCCUACAUACUGCCUCACAACCCUGUGCCAAAGUGGGCAGAAGAUGAGGCUCCUCCCAGGCCGCCCCUGCCCCGCCUCUACGACUAUGAAGACCCGCCCCCCACCAUCCCACCCCUCCCCAAAGAGGCAGCAGCGGUCGUAAGACACACGUCGGUUCGAGGGCUCAAACGCCAGUCAGACGAGAGGAAGAGAGACCGUGAGGUCGGAGGGUGUGUCAACGGAGACUGUAAGGUGGAGCUGCGGUCGUACCUCAGUGAACCAGAGCUGCCAGGGAUAGGCCAGAGCAGCACAGGGUCUGAGGGGGGCUACCAGACCCUCCCAAACAAAGGUCUGUCAGGCUCAUCGUCGCGGCUGAACCAGUCCAGUAAUAUCUCCUCCUACGUGACCCUAAGGAGAGGAGUGGCCGGCUCAGCAGGGAGGGAGAGACCUAAGAGUGCCUUGGAGCAGCUGUACUCUUCUGACCAGCAGCCCCAGUCUCUGGCCCAGGCCCCCCGGGGCCGCAUGAGUGCUGAGGAGCAGCUGGAGCGUAUGAAGAGACACCAGAGGGCCCUGGUCCGCGAGCGCAAGAGGAACCUCAGCCAGGGAGAACGUCACUCCACCACCCAUCGUUCCUCCUCCUCUACCAGGCCUCUCUCCUCCACUGACCUGGGCUCAUGGAGGCGUGAGCAGCAGGACUUUGAUUUGCAGCAGGAGCAGAAAGCUCAGGUGGUGGAGCGACAGGGUGCCGAGGGCCAGAGCGACGAGGGGCGUAGAGAGCUGAAGGAAAGGGAGAGGAUCCAAUCAGAUGAGUGGCUCACGGUGAUGGCCACGCCCAUGAGGGGGACUGACAUGGAGCCCCUCGACUACGACCUGGACCUCAGUCGUGAGCUGUCCAAGCCCCAGAAGGUGCCUAUCUCAGAGCGCUAUGUGGAGUCAGACCCCGGGGAGCCUCUGAGCCAGGAGCAGAUGGAGGAGCGUCAACGCAGAGCAGAACGCAUCAUAAACAUCCUGGCCAAAUCCAAUGUUCAGAACACACAUCCGUCGUCUGGUGUCCCACUGGACUUCACUGAUCUGGACCUAGCCAUGCAGCAGCAGAAGAGGAUUAUGAAUGUGUCUCACGCCUUGGCCUCUGAAGCCUCCAUCAAGAGCAAGCAGUUCACAGCCAAAGCUCAGCUGAAUGCUGACUGACCAUUGACACAGACGCCAAGGCACCGACAGGACAUCCGUGAAUGAAAAUAGUUGAUGGGCAAAGGAUCUAAUACUAAUCAUUUUCAGCAAUUAAUGCCAGAGUGAUGUUUUAUAAUACUUUUUAUUGGAGUUAAAACGCGAUAAUAAUGUUUUCUUUUAAAGAACCAAAAGGAGUUAUUGGAAUCUCAACAAGAGCAUUGAAACUGUGCRUGUACUUAAUGUUAAGUUUGAAUUGGAGUCGUGUUUUGCACUUUAAUGUUGUGUGUAAUUGUUAACACUACUAGUUUUUGCAACAGAAUCAUUAGCUGUGUUUUURAAGUGUGGUCUAUAUUUCUAAAUAAAUAAGUUCUAAGCAAUGUUUUAUAGGUCGUUGAGAUGGAAACGUAAUUAUGACAUGAAUCAUAUAUUUAUUUUAUUUUGACUAAUGAAAGACAAUCUUGCACCAAAUUGCACCCUUUGUAGCUCAGCACUGCCAUGUAACGCUUUUGCCAAUCAACUGUAUUGUAUUAUAUGUCAUUUAAAAGGGAAAUAAACCAUAAUGAUGUUUUAUGGAAAUAAAGGUUUUAACAAAA